AUGAAUAAUAAAAAUUUUCUAAAGAUAUUAUUGUUUUUAAUUUCAUCGUUGUUAAUUUAUUAUGUAAAUGCUGCUACCAUUAAUACUAUUAAUUUAAAAGAAAUUUAUAAAUUACAACAUAAUGAAUUUUAUGAAGAAUUAAAAAUUCGUAAUAUUUCCAUAAAAGUUCGUCAUGAAUUUGUUGAUUUGAUAAAUGCAAUAAGUUUUGAAGUUGAACAUUUAAAUCAUCUUGAAAUUAUUAAAGAUUUACCUAAUGUUGAUUCUGUUGAACCCAUAAUGAUACAUCAAGGCCCAAAAUUCAUAAAUAAAUCAAUCAAUCAAAAUAAUGGUUUAAACAAACGUGAUUGGAUUUCACAUGCACCUUUAAUAUUAUCAUCAAAAAUAGAUCUUAAUACGCCUCAUCAUAUGACAGGUGUUGAUUGGGUUCAUAAACAUCUCGAUGUUACUGGAAGAGGAGUAAGAGUUGGUGUUAUUGAUACUGGUAAAUUAUUUGCACAUUUUUUGUUUUAUUUGCUUUUAUACAUAAAACAAAUAGAUGAUAUGAAUGAAUUGAUCUUUGUAGGAAUUGAUUAUAGACAUCCAGCAUUUGGAGGAUGUUUUGGUCCAGGAUGUAUUAUCGGUGCCUUGGAUGAUGCAAGUGGACUUGUAGGUGUUGCUCCUGAUGUAACAUUUGGAGCAUAUAGAGCAAUGGAUUGUUCUGGUCAAGGUUCAGAUGAUGCACUUAUAAAAGCAUUGGAGCAAGCUUCACGAGAUAAUAUGGAUAUUGGAGGAAAUUUCUGGGCAUCAACACCAUUAUCAGACUCAAUAGGAAAAAUGAUAGAAUCAGGCGUUGUAGUGGCUGUAGCCGACGGUAAUAGUGGCCUUGAUGGUCUUUGGAAAACAAUAUCUUCAGCAUUUGGAUAUAAAUCAUUAUCGGUCGCUUCUGUUGAAAAUAGUCAUUUUUUGGGUUUUAAAGCACAUGAUAUAAAUGACAAUGAUUGUUCUCUAGAAUAUUUAACAGUAACAGCAAGGGCUUUACCAUUUGAUAAAGGAGAGGUUGUCAUGUUUCCGAAACAUUCAUGUCCUGAAGAUUUGUCAGUAUAUCAUAAUAAAAUACUAUAUCUUGAUUUAUCUUCCAAUAGCACAUCGAAGAAAGAUUGCCCUCCUCUUCCGCCAGAAUUUGUUGAUAAAUUAUUAGCAUUGAUAAUAUCAAAAGUUGAUUUAUUUGAUCCAAUUUUAGCAAAUUUCGACAUCAAAAGUUUAAAAUUACCAAUGGCUACGAUAUUAUCACGACAAGCAAAUAAAUUAGUAGAAAGAUUGAAAAAAAAUCCGGGUGGUUUAGAAUUUGAUUUUUCUGAUAAACGUGGUUAUAUGAUUCAAAGUCAUGUUGGUGGAACUGUAUCCUAUUUUUCAUCUUGGGGAUUAACACCUUAUCUAGACAUCAAGGAAAUAGCAGCUCCAGGUGGAAUUAUUUUUUCAACAUUUCCAAUAAAUCUUGGUAGUUAUGCAAAUUUAAUGGGAACGAGUAUGGCAACACCAUAUAUAUCUGGUGUAGCAGCUUUAAUAAGACAGGCCAAUAAAAUAGAAAAAAAUUCUCACCGUUUUAUUCAAAAGGCUUUAAUGAAUUAUGCGAUACCAGUUCACGAUCAAAUAUUCAAAAUAGUCCCACCAGUUUUAAGACAAGGUGCUGGAUUAGAAAUAGCAGCUCCAGGUGGAAUUAUUUUUUCAACAUUUCCAAUAAAUCUUGGUAGUUAUGCAAAUUUAAUGGGAACGAGUAUGGCAACACCAUAUAUAUCUGGUGUAGCAGCUUUAAUAAGACAGGCCAAUAAAAUAGAAAAAAAUUCUCACCGUUUUAUUCAAAAGGCUUUAAUGAAUUAUGCGAUACCAGUUCACGAUCAAAUAUUCAAAAUAGUCCCACCAGUUUUAAGACAAGGUGCUGGAUUAGUAAAUGUUUAUAAUUCAAUUAGAGCUAUGGCGUUUGUUCAUCCAUUCAAACUUGCUUUAAAUGAUACAGUCAAUGGUAAAAAAGAUGGUUAUUAUGACCUUAGCAUUGAAAACUAUUGUGAUAAACAUUUGGAAUAUCGUUUAGUUCAUAUGCCAGCUGUUUCAGUAAAUGGUUAUGAUGGAGAGAAACAGUUAUUACUACAGGAAUUGAAAUAUCGUAGAGAAUAUGCAGUUGUAAAUUUUAAACGGGUGUUUAUUAAAAUUGAACCUUUUGGAAAAGAAAAAAUAACAUUAAAAAUAACACCACCAAAAGAUUUACCGUCAUCUGAACAUUGGUUUUAUAGUGGAUUUAUAAAAUUUGUUCCUGUAGAUAGCGAUGAUCCAAUUAUUUCUGUUCCAUAUGGUGCCGCAAAAACGUUACCAAUAUUUGCAAAACCAGAUUAUCCACAACUUUACUACGACUCUAAAUCAUUAUAUUUUCCCAAUGAAACAGCCACUUAUGGAAUGAAAAAUAAAACAGAUGCUCCAAUUAUAUUAAUAUCAUUAUCAACACCAACAAAAUUAUUACUUGUACAGGUACUAGAUGAAAAUCAAAAAUUGUUAGGUUUUGUACCUGAUAUUACGUAA